GUGGCCUGUCGAUAACGCGAUACCAGCUUGUGAGUGAGCAUGGGGUACUCGGAAGUGUAGCGUACUCCUGUCUUGUGUUUACGGAUAGACCGGAAGUGUGGCUUCGUUUACAAUUCGGCAAGUAGGACGGAGAGCGCAUCCAGAGAUACAGAUUCCCAACGGAUUUGACGACGGUGUUCGGUCUUGAAUGGAAUUGUAGUCUUAGGCCACUCUUAGCUUUCUGAACAGGAUAAUAGAUCUCUUUUCCAGGGCCAUGGCGAACCCGAAGCUGCUGGGACUCGAGCUAAGCGAGGCGGAGACGAUGGGUGCUGAUUCGGCGCGAUUUGAGGAGCUGCUGCUGCAGGCCUCGAAGGAGCUCCAGCAAGCCCAGACAACCAGACCAGAAUCGACACAAAUCCAGCCUCAGCCUGGUUUCUGCAUAAAGACCAACUCCUCAGAAGGGAAGGUUUUCAUCAACAUCUGCCACUCCCUCUCCAUCCCUCCUCCCGCCGACGUGACCGAGGAGGAGCUGCUUCAGAUGCUAGAGGAGGACCAAGCUGGGUUUCGCAUCCCCAUGAGUCUGGGAGAGCCUCAUGCAGAACUGGAUGCAAGAGGCCAGGGCUGUACUGCCUACGACGUAGCUGUCAACAGCAACUUCUACCAGAGGAUGCAGAACAGCGAUUUCUUGCGGGAGCUCGUGAUCACCAUCGCCAGGGAGGGCCUUGAGGACAAAUAUAACUUGCAGCUAAAUCCGGAAUGGCGCAUGAUGAAGAACCGGCCAUUCAUGGGCUCCAUCUCGCAGCAGAAUAUCCGCUCACAGCAGCGUCCUCGGAUCCAGGAGCUGGGGGACCUGUACACGCCCGCCCCUGGGAGAGCUGAGUCAGGCCCUGAAAAGCCUCACCUGAAUCUGUGGCUGGAAGCCCCCGACCUCCUCUUGGCCGAAAUUGACCUCCCCAAACUGGAUGGAGCCCUGGGGCUGUCGCUGGAGAUCGGGGAGAACCGCCUGGUGGUGGGGGGCCCCCAGCAGCUGUAUCAUCUCGACGCUUAUAUCCCACUGCAGAUCAACUCUGAUGAGAGCAAGGCAGCCUUCCACCGGAAGAGAAAGCAAUUAAUGGUAGCCAUGCCGCUUCUGCUGGCGCCUUCCUGAUCAGGCUGUUUCCCUGUGCUUCCGAGAUGUGAAGAAACUGCUGGCUUCCCUAAAGCUGAAAUAAAAGAUUUUUGUCUUUG